AUGUCUUUGGGCUCUUUGAGGGAGCCGAAGCAAAUCCCUGGGACGGAAGAAGAAAUGAAGAGUACAGUGGGGAGCUUUUUAGGGAAACUGCAACGAAAAUUAGAUGGCAGCAAUGUAGAAGAGGAAAACCACAUUGAACUCACGGAGGAUGGGCGUCCAGUGGCAUCCACAUCUCGUCCUGCUCCUCUGCUUGACUGCAGCUGUGGCGGUCUGCCCAAGCGCUACAUAAUCGCAAUACUCAGUGGUCUAGGCUUCUGCAUCUCCUUUGGUAUCCGUUGUAACCUCGGUGUUGCAAUUGUGGAGAUGGUUAAUAACAACACCGUAUAUGUUAAUGGAACUGAAGUACUUCAGAAAGCUGAGUUCAACUGGGACCCAGAGACAGUUGGACUUAUCCAUGGCUCCUUCUUCUGGGGCUACAUCGUCACUCAAAUUCCUGGUGGUUUCAUCUCAAACAAGCUGUCCGCUAACAGGGUGUUCGGAGCUGCCAUUUUCUUGACGUCAGUAUUGAAUAUGUUUAUCCCUUCUGCAGCAAGGGUGCACUAUGGCUGCGUCAUGUUUGUUCGCAUCCUGCAGGGCUUAGUUGAGGGUGUCACUUACCCAGCGUGCCAUGGGAUGUGGUCGAAAUGGGCCCCACCACUUGAACGCAGUCGACUUGCUACAACUUCCUUCUGCGGAUCCUAUGCAGGAGCUGUGAUUGCCAUGCCUUUGGCUGGUGUGAUGGUUCAAUACAUUGGGUGGCCAUCAGUCUUUUACAUCUAUGGUUUUUUUGGAAUCUUGUGGUACGCCCUGUGGCUUGUAUUGGCCUACGGAAGUCCUGCAGUGCACCCAACCAUCACGGAUGAGGAAAGGACAUACAUUGAGUCCAGCAUCGGUGAAACAAUCCACCACCUGAGUGUAACUCAGAAAUUCAAGACACCGUGGCGUCGUUUCUUCACCUCCAUGCCAGUCUACGCAAUCAUCGUGGCCAACUUCUGCCGCAGCUGGACUUUCUACCUUCUUCUUAUCAGCCAGCCUGCAUAUUUUGAAGAGGUCUUUGGAUUCCCCAUAAGCAAGGUGGGUAUCCUGUCUGCUGUGCCCCACAUGGUGAUGACUGUGGUUGUUCCAAUCGGAGGACAGCUGGCGGACUUCCUGCGGAGUAACAAAAUCAUGACAACUACUAAUGUGAGGAAACUCAUGAACUGUGGAGGCUUUGGUAUGGAAGCUACUCUCCUAUUGGUGGUUGGCUUUUCACACACCCGCGCUGUGGCCAUCUCCUUCCUGGUGCUUGCUGUAGGCUUUAGUGGUUUUGCCAUCUCAGGUUUUAAUGUCAAUCAUCUGGACAUUGCGCCACGCUAUGCCAGCAUUCUGAUGGGCAUUUCCAAUGGGGUGGGAACACUCUCUGGAAUGGUGUGUCCUUUGAUUGUUGGGGCACUGACCAUACACAAGACCCGUCUUGAGUGGCAGAAUGUCUUUGUUAUCGCAUCCAUGGUGCACUACACAGGGGUCAUCUUCUAUGCCAUAUUUGCUUCGGGUGAACAGCAGGACUGGGCCAACCCUGAGAGUACCAGUGAGGAGAAAUGUGACUUUGUCGAAGAAGAUGAGCUCGCUGAAGAGUCUGAGCUCAAUAGCGACGGCACAUCUCUCAAAAUGAGUUACGGAACAACAGAUAAUACGUCGGGUCGGAAACAAGGCUGGAAAGUGAAGAGAGGGGUUACCAUGCAAGAGGAGGAAGAACAUGGUUCAAACGGAAGCUACCACAAUGGAUACCAGUGA